CCUGGAGCAAUGCAGAGACAGAAACUAUCAGCCUGAAAGAGGGGGUGGGGACAAAACUAAAGAAACUAAACUACAGGAAGACUUGAGGAAGCCUGUUCCAUAUCAUCCAGGUUUUUCUUUAAUUGUGGAUUAUACAGAUAAACUGGACGCUUUUGUAGAUACUUCGCAGUUUGUUUUUCUCUUGCUCGAGACUUGGUGUUACAAGAAGAGAGGGAGAGAAGUGGGACGGUCAGAGGGAGGAGCUGCAGGGUUCUCCAUGUAUGCUCUCUAACUGCGUUCAUAUGGUAAACAGUGGGUCACAUGGGGCAAAGAGUCUUGGAGCAGAGGGGGAGAAGGGAGGGAAAGGAACAAGGAGAAGGAGUGAAAACAUACACUGGAGGACUUUGGCCUGCCCAAUGUGCAGGAGGUGCUACUUUUAAAGUUUAGAGGAGAUAGGAUUACUCUACAAACAGAAAGGAAACAAAAGAUUUGGACUAAACACCAAGUUGUGGUUUAACUGAAGUAUUUACUCAAUCGCCAGGCGCUCAGUAGGAUCUAAUUAUUUGCUUCCUUUGGAUACUUUUUCUCCCUACCUUUCUGGGAGUGAAAGUCCAACAGCUAGUGUCGUUUUUUUUUUUUUUUUUUUUUAUCACAGCACACGCCUUCAUAGGCCCUUCUGGGUAACCGGGGACCCAAGAUGCCCACAAACUUCACUGUGGUGCCAGUGGAUGAUGUGGAGGACAAGAGCAACGCCGGGGCUGAGGCAGAAGGAAGCAAACCUGCCGGUCUGGGCAAACUCUUCGGAGACCAAGAAGAUGCAGACAGUUUCCAAAGAGCCCCCUCAGGAGAUGGGAGUCAUGGAGAAUCUGAACCGUUCCUCAACUCCGACGAUGACAGGGAAAAUUAUGAGGGCAAGAACAUGGCGCUCUUUGAGGAGGAAAUGGACAGUGCCCCCAUGGUAUCCUCUCUUCUCAACAAGCUGGCCAACUACACCAACUUGACACAGGGAGUUCGUGAGCAUGAGGAGGCUGAGGAUGGGGUGACGCGGGUCGCUGUCAUGGUCCCCCAAAUGGGAACCCUGAUCGGGGUUUACCUGCCAUGCAUGCAGAACAUUCUGGGCGUGAUUCUCUUUCUACGUCUCACCUGGAUUGUCGGUACAGCGGGAAUCCUGAAGUCUCUGGCCAUUGUCUCUAUGUGCUGCAUUUGCACCUUACUCACUGCCAUAUCAAUGAGUGCCAUAGCAACCAACGGAGUUGUCCCAGCUGGAGGCUCCUACUACAUGAUCUCCAGAUCUUUGGGUCCGGAGUUUGGAGGGGCAGUAGGUCUCUGUUUCUACCUGGGAACCACCUUCGCUGGAUCCUUGUACAUACUGGGCACCAUUGAGAUUCUGCUGAGAUACAUUGUUCCAACGGCGAUAGUGUUUGAGGAAAUCAGCGAUGGCCCAAUGCCCAACAACAUGCGCAUCUACGGCACGGGCUGCCUGAUCCUGAUGGCCUUGGUGGUGUUUGUAGGGGUGAAGUAUGUGAACAAACUGUCUUUGGUGUUUCUGUCCUGUGUGGUUCUCUCCAUCUUGGCCACUUACGCAGGCGUCAUCAAGACGGCCAUCGAACCUCCCGAGUCUAAUAUCUGUCUGUUGGGGAAUCGCUCUCUGAAGAAUGAAAAGUUGUACACGUGCGCAAAGACGGAAACUGUCAAAAAUAUAACUGUCACCACUAAGCUCUGGAGCAUGUUCUGUGACAGUCAAUACCCCAACGCAACCUGUGAUGAAUACUUCGCUGCAAACGACGUGACAGAGAUCCGGGCCAUACCUGGGCUCCUGAGUGGAGUUAUCAAAGACAACUUGUGGGGAGAGCAUGAUGUAGAGAGGAAGGUGAUAGAGAAGAAAAACCUGACUUCAGUACCAGCCCAGGUCCCGUCUACUGACAAAGAAGCCAACUACAUCUUUAAUGACAUUGUUGCCUUCACUCUGCUGGUGGGGAUAUACUUCCCCUCUGUCACAGGUAUAAUGGCUGGUUCUAACAGGUCUGGUGAUCUCAGAGAUGCACAGAAGUCCAUUCCAACAGGAACCAUCCUGGCUAUUCUCACCACCUCUUUCAUCUACAUCUCAUGUGUGAUCAUGUUUGGAGCCUGUAUCGAAGGAGUGGUUCUGAGAGACAAGUUUGGCUACUCAGUAAACAACAAGCCAGUAAUUGGUGUCCUGGCUUGGCCGUCACCGUGGGUGAUUGUGAUUGGCUCCUUUUUCUCCUGCUGCGGUGCGGGGCUGCAGAGCCUGACCGGCGCCCCCCGGCUGUUGCAGGCCAUCGCUCGUGAUGGCAUCAUCCCGUUCUUGCAGGUCUUUGGUCAUGGGAAGGCAAAUGGUGAGCCCACCUGGGCUCUUUUGCUGACCGUUGGCAUCUGCGAGAUAGGAAUCCUCAUCGCUUCUCUGGAUCACGUGGCCCCCAUCCUCUCUAUGUUUUUCCUCAUGUGCUAUCUGUUUGUCAACCUGGCCUGUGCUGUGCAGACUUUGCUCCGUACCCCAAACUGGAGGCCUCGAUUUAAGUUCUAUCACUGGACCUUGUCGUUUUUAGGGAUGAGUCUUUGUCUCUCCCUCAUGUUCGUCUCCUCAUGGUACUACGCCCUUGUUGCCAUGGUGAUAGCUGGCUGUAUCUACAAAUACAUUGAAUACAGAGGGGCAGUUAAGGAGUGGGGAGACGGCAUCAGAGGACUGUCCUUAAAUGCAGCCCGCUACGCUCUUAUCCGCCUGGAGGAAGCACCACUGCACACCAAAAACUGGAGACCUCAACUGUUGGUGUUGUGUAAGCUGACCCCAGACCUGGUAGUGAAACACCCGCGUCUCCUCUCCUUCACUACUCAGCUCAAAGCAGGGAAUGGACUGACCAUAGUCUCUUCUGUCCUGGAGGGAACCUACAUGACCCGGGAGGACGAUGCCAAGACAGGAGAACAGAACUUAAAAGCAGCCAUGACUGCACAACGGACCAAGGGCUUCUCCCAUGUGGUGGUGUCGUCCAGCCUGCGAGAUGGUUUCUCCAUACUAAUCCAGUCAGCAGGGCUGGGAGGAAUGAAGCACAACACGGUCCUGAUGGCCUGGCCAGCUGGCUGGAAACAAGCCCGCGACUCCUCCGCGAGGAGGAACUUCAUAGAAACCGUGAGAGAGACGACAGCAGCGCACCAGGCUCUGCUGGUCGCUAAGAACAUCGACCGUUUCCCCGACAACCAGGAGCGCCUGAAGGAGGGAACCAUCGACGUGUGGUGGAUCGUACAUGACGGGGGACUGCUCAUGCUGCUGCCUUUUCUGCUUAGUCAACACAAGGUGUGGAGGAAGUGCAGAAUGCGAAUCUUCACCGUGGCCCAGAUGGAUGACAACUCCAUCCAGAUGAAGAAAGACCUCCAGAUGUUUCUCUACCAUCUACGCCUGGAUGCAGUGGUGGAGGUGGUGGAGAUGCAUGACAGUGAUAUCUCAGCCUUCACCUAUGAGAAGACGCUGGUGAUGGAGCAGAGGUCGCAGAUGCUCAAACAGAUGCAGCUGUCUCGCACUGAGAGGGAGAGAGAGGCCCAGCUAAUUCACGACCGGAACACAGCGUCUCAUUUCUCAGCCAACGACAAAGCUGCGGGUGCAUCGCCAGAUGGCGUCCACAUGACCUGGACCAAAGAAAAACUGCUCCAUGAGAGGAACAAAAACAGAGAAGGCAUGGGGGUCAAAGACAUGUUUAAUAUGAGACCUGAAUGGGAGAAUCUCAACCAAUCCAACGUGCGGAGGAUGCAUACGGCUGUGAGGCUGAAUGAGGUGGUUGUCAAGAAAUCCCGUAAUUCACAGCUGGUCUUGCUCAACAUGCCAGGCCCACCGAAGAACAAGAAGGGAGAUGAGAACUAUAUGGAGUUCCUGGAGGUUUUAAUGGAAGGCCUAGACCGCGUCCUUUUGGUUCGCGGAGGAGGUCGGGAGGUCAUCACCAUCUACUCUUAGCACCGAGACAUUCUGAUUUGUCCUGGAGGACACUGAGAGGAGACACAUUUGGAUAAUGGGAAACCAGAGGGCAUGUGUGGAGGCUUGACAGAGAAUGACGUGGCUUCAACAAAUACAAAUGCCAACACUGUUCUUAGGAAAGAAGGGCCUCUUAACAUUUGGGAGUACCGUGGUUGCUGUGACGGACAGGCGACUCGGCCUGCUCCACGGCCUGUGCUCAGUGCUCCAUCUGGGGGCACACAGAGAUCUCUACACUCCAUCUUUAUACUGCAAAAACAACAAUCAUGGGGCUGCACUGUAAAAACUUUAUUUCCUUGUUGUUUUUUGGAAAGACUUGUCAUUUCAAACAGACACUUGUUAGUUGAGAGAACUGCUGAUUGCUUUAAUGGCUGCCUGUGAGGUCACUGGUUAUACUCAUCAUUAUUUAUUUCAGGGCCAGUGAUGAAACCUUUCAUCAAUAUGUGACAAAAGUAUGACUUUGUAAUGAUUAAACAAUCAUUACAAAGUCGUACUGAUGGACAGUUUUUAUUUUUUUAAGCCUAUAUAUCUAGAGAAUCUACUACCUAUUGAAUACAGAACAAAUGCAGCAGAAAGUAUUGCUGGUAAUGAGUAGUUCAGAUUGCCUUUUCUUAUCAGCCUUUUUUUUUUAAAUGAAAGACACUAUUGAUGUGCCAAGUGUCAUCAAGAAAGAUGAGACUGAGAAUGCGAAGAGGAACUGCAACACUUUUGAUUUCAGCAUGUUAGUUGUUUAAAUGAUUGAUGUCUUUGACUGACUUUUAGUUUAUGUGUCUUUGCUCACUUUUAAUAAGGAGAAACUGGCCUAUGUGUAGUAGUUUUUUCCAUUUUAUUUUGCACUAGUACAUAGCUUUGUGUUAUAUGUUGUUCAGGGAAAUGUUUUCAGGUACAUCCUGCUCUCAGUACACGGACUGCUAAGAAUCUGGGGAAAUGGGCGCAAAAAGUACAAAUUCAGAUGUAUCUUUACUUAGGGGCACACUACUGAAAAUGAAACUGAUAUAAGCCCCUGUAGUAUUUCUGCACACCUCUGUAUUUCUUUUCAUGUAAGUCUUCUACCAUUAAAGGGAUAAACAGAAAUUA